AUGGUCCGUCGAUUGAAACAGAACAAGGUGGAGCUGUCUGACUUUGAAGCAACCAUCAUAUCAUUGGGCGUCUACGAAGACACGGGCAAGUUCACUUAUGGAGGCACCACACAUAUAGACUUCAAGGCCCUCUCCUAUCUCACCAGUCGAAACAAGCUGGACAUGUCAAUCGUAUCGCAGUUCACAUCAAUGGGCAAGCCAUCUGCGAACGAUCUGAGCACGAUCGACUCCUCAUUGAAGAAGUUUGAGCUCAACCUAUCACAACUGUCAACGAUGGAGUGUAUGCAACGAUCAGUCACUUCCGUCAACUUCUUGGAGCACAAGAUACAUAUGUGCCAGCUUCCCGUCAACGAUGAGUACCGAUACAAUCACUCACCUCUUAUCCAACUGUUCAUGGAGGUUCAUAAUGAGGUGGAGACACUCAUCGUCUUUACUCGAUGUGAUGAGUCUGGUACCAAUGUCAUUUGUCGAACAUCAUCCAAUGGUCCACUAGACGUUGGGAAGAUAUGUGAGAUCCUUGGAGGUGGUGGUCAUCGCAAUGCUUCAUCAGUUAAUCUCAAAGAGGCAACACUUCCAGAGGCCAAGAAUAUAAUAUUCUCUUUAAUCUAUGCAAGCAUCAUUGGAAAGGGUAUUAAGGUCAAUGACGUGAUGAGCAAGAACCCAAUCACGGUGUAUGAUGAUAUGUCACCUUUGGAAUCAUUGGCCAUAUUCCAACAACAUCCAAGGGUGAAGCAUUUGAUCGUUGUUGACAGGGUGACUGGAAACUUGGUCGGCCAGGUUGAGCGCAGUAGGACCGAGUUCAUUGCCAAUCUUGAUGUUCGUCAUCACUCCAACACGGUGCUGAAGGAUAUCGAUCACCUGAUUGACAAUACAUAUCCAGUCAAUGAUACUGACUCUAUAUUGGACGUUGUUUGUAACCUUACAAAGAGGUCACAAUGGAUGCUACCUGUACUCCAUGCCCAAGACAACGCCAAGACGGAAAGCAGCAGCAGUGGCUCAUUGGUUGGAGUGAUCACAGCAACAGAUAUACUCAAGUUGAUCCUUUCAGAGAUUGAGUGUCAUCACAUCACUGAUGAUCUAUACGAGGGCACCAAGUACUACAACGAGGUAUCCACCAGGCUACCAGGAUUUGUAUUUAACUUUAUACAAUUCCUUCAUGAGCUUGCCAGUGAUAUGGACAAUGAUAUUUACCUUUAUGGCAAUUGUGUGUUUGAGUUGUUGACCUAUGGCCAACAUCCAACACAAUGCAUAGAGAGCUUCGAGUCACUCAUAUUCACUGACCUGGACAAUAUUGACAAGUUAUGUCAUCAUAUUGAGACUGCCAUCAAUGCGCACAGUGACACACUCAACUGGAGUCUAAAGUCAUCAGUCAACUCACAGGAUGAACGAGUACUCCACUUAUUCAAAGGGAGAUAUAACUUUGCCAUCAAGAUCGUCUCCAAUCUCUUCUAUCCCAAGUCAGACUAUAUUUACACAUUCCAGCCAACCAAGAUCAAGCUGGAGUCCUUCUCCAAGAUAUUCACAUUCUCUUCUUUGUUAAUAUCAUUGAAGACCUAUUGUGUUCUGGAUCACUUCCUCGGAUGGGAGGACAUCAAGGAGAAGAGGAUAAGGACACUUCAUUCUUCGUCAUUCUCGGAUAACCCCGAAACACUGUUAAGUGUAUUUCUAUUAUCCAAAGAGUUGGGAUUCAAGAUAUCCAAUGAGACCAAACGAUUCAUAAAGUACUCUAUCAAUAAUGGUGUGGCCAAGCGUAUCAAUGGAAGAUACUAUAUGGAGUUCUUUUGGAAACUAUUCAAGUAUGAUGACUACAUGUCAACACUGAAAGAGCUACAGUUCUAUGGCCUUUUGUCCGAGAUCUCUACAAACGUACAAAUCAAUGCCAAGCUAUUCAUUCAUCUGGAACAAGUAUUGAAUUGGUACAAUGCAUCACACAUUGAGAAGAAACCGGAUGUGAUCAGACUUAGAUUCUUUACAUUGUUCAGUGGACUGUCAUUCAAGACAAUUCAACUUGACUUGCUGCCAAGACUUGAGAUCACUGUUGAGGAGAAGACAUGGUUGGGUACAUGGAUAGACUUGGUGCAGACAAAGAAGAAGUUGAUCAAGAAGUGGGUCAGUGAUUUGGAACAGAAGCAGACACGUAACAUUGAGGAACUCAAUGAGAUACUGGCACCUCUACCACUGGAAUGUAUCAUCCUUAUAAUGACCAGAAUGAUGACCGAACAAGACCUAAGUCCAAAGUGUCAGAAGGAGCAUCAAUACUUUAUCAAUCAGGCUCCAUUCUCAUUGUUCUUUCAUCAUCAAAGCUUCGAACAACGUAUAAUAGUUCCAACUGGUACUGAUUCAAGAUGA